AGGCCAGCAGGAGGAUUCACGAGGUCGAGCACUCCCUGAAUUUGCAGCCCCCACCUGUGGGAUCAUCGCCCCCCAUCCCGCAGGAUUUCCCAUUCCUAGCACAUGGCAGGCUGCGAAGAAGAGGAAGACCCUCUCCUUGUCCUUCCUCCCCCAGAGCAGGAGCUGAGGAUGGAGAGCAGGGAGGACAAAUCCCCACGGCAGAACCUUGUGGAAGAGGCCGUUUUGAGCGGCUCCACGGUGCAGGAACCCAACGGGGAGGAAAAGCCCUGGAGAUGCUGCACGAGGAGGGGCUGCAAACGCAAAUCGUGGGGAUCUGGGGAGGAAAGACCCAGCCUGGGCCGGGGAGGCAGCCGGAGAUGGAGCCAGAGCUCGGAGCUGGUGGUCCAUGAGCAGCUCCAGGAUGGGGAGAAGCCCCACAAGUGCUCAGAGUGUGGGAAGAGCUUCAGGUGGAGCUCCCAGCUGAGCAGGCACCAGAGGACCCACACUGGGGAGAGGCCCUACGAGUGUGGGGAGUGUGGGAAGAGCUUCAGCCAGAGCUCCAACCUGCUUGUGCACCAGAGGACCCACACUGGGGAACGGCCCUACGAGUGUUCUGAGUGUGGGAAGGGGUUUAAGACCAGCUCCGAUCUCCUCCUGCACUACCGGAGUCACACAGAGGAGAAGCCCUUCUGCUGCCCCGACUGUGGGAAGGGAUUCAAGUACAACCCAAACCUCAUGAGGCACCAGAGGACCCACACUGGGGAGAGGCCCUACGAGUGUGGGCAGUGUGGGAAGAGCUUCUGCCUGAGAUCCAACCUGGUCAGCCACCUGAAGAUCCACACUGGGGAGAGGCCCUACGAGUGUUCCAAGUGUGGGAAGAGGUUUCAGACCAGCUCCAAUCUCCUCAAACACUAUCGGGUUCACACGGAGGAGAGGCCCUUCUGCUGCCCCGACUGUGGGAAGGGAUUCAGGAGGAACUCCCACCUCAUCAGCCACCAGUGCAUCCACACUGGGGAGAGGCCCUACGAGUGUCCCCAGUGUGGGAAGAGCUUCUCACAGAGCUCUGCCUUGACCCAACACCAACGGAGGCACCGGUAAGGGAAGCCCUGUGAGUGCCCCGAGUGCGGGAAGAGCUUCGUGUGCUGCUCCAGCUCCAUCCCCCACUGCAGGACCCACGCUGGGCACAGCCCUGGUGACCCACAUUCCCUGUGAUCCUUGCUGGGGACAAUAUUCUGGAGGAUAGAUGUGGGUUCUGGAGGUAUUUUGGGCAGUGUACUCCAUCUCUUUGCCCUCCAAAAGCCAAGAGGGUCACCUCAAAACAACUCAAUCCCACUGAAAACAACUCAAUUUUAAUUCAUAUGGGCUCAAUCCCACCUCAAAAUGGCUUGUUCCCAACUCAGAAAAACUCAAUCCCACGCCAAACUCACUUGAUUCCACAGCCGCCAGGUUGAGAUGGGGUUGGAAGGAGAUUGGGAGAAGUGGGAUCCCAAUUUGGAGCGGUGGGAUGGGGAUUGUGUGGAGCUGGGUGGCUGGGAUGUAUUUGAUAGUGAAUAAAACUUUCAGACUUA